UCGUUUGCAGUCGAAGUGGAAAUCGCCUUGUUUUUCUGCAAAACUUCAGUCAACUUUAAAAAUGCAGUACGAGCAGGUCACGCCGAAGAGCUAUCCAGUUAAUUUAAUAGAUAAAGACUGGACUCAGCGGAAACUAUAUUUUAGUAGUCCUGCAAAGUCCAUGCCAGAUGUGAUUCACGAUAUGGAGGUAUUAGAAGAUGAUGUAUGGAUUGUAACCAAUCCAAAAUGCGGCACCACUUGGAUGCAGGAACUUGUUUGGCUUCUGAUGAAUGAUUGUAAUUUCGAAGCAGCACUAUCAAAAGAUCUGGAAUUACGUUCCCCAUUUCUGGAAUUCGAUUAUUUGAUACACCGUGAUGUUGACAGAGCAUUAAAGCCAGUUCAGGAUCUGCCAUCUCCUCGUGUUAUAAAAUCUCACCUUCAGCUGGCCUUGUUACCCGCUCAAAUAUGGGAAAAGAAAGCCAAAUUAAUCUACGUGUUUCGAGAUCCCAAAGAUGCUUGGAUAUCUGGCUAUUAUCACGGUGUUACAAUUGGCUUUCGAUAUGGUACAACAUUGGAGCAGUACAUGAACGACUUACUAAAGUCGGAAGCCGCUAAAAGAGAUCCAGUUCUUCAUGCAAUUGAAUUUUAUCAGAUACGCAAUGAACCUUGGGUUUACUACACAAGUUUCAAUCGAAUGAAGCAAGAUCUAAGGAAAGUAAUCGACGAUUUAUGCAAGUUUCUUAACAAGACUGUGACAGAGCAGCAAAUGGAACGUUUGCUAAAGCAUUUAUCAUUCGAGGAAAUGAAAAAGAAUCCGACAACGAAUCAUCACUGGGAGUAUGCUCAAACACAUCACCAGAAUCAAGGCAAAGAAGUCCACAAUUUCAUACGCAGCGGAAAAGUUGGUGGGCAUAAAGAAGAACUGAAACCUGAACAAAUCGACAAAGGUGAUCAAUUCAUAACAGAAAGACUACAGGCAAAUCAAGUCACACUCGAACAACUUUUGUUAAUAGAAUAAUUUAUCAUUAAAGCAAUUCAAUUUAGAACUCAAUUAAAUUUCGGAAUAAA